GAGACGAGUGACCAACUGGACCCAUGAUUCCCCUAAUGAGUCAGGCCGGAUGGCAGCGUGGGUAGUGUGGCCGCUGCGACAGGAAUAACCCGUGACCCGGCCAUUGUUCCGUUCACCUUAAAUCAAAGGGGAAUAACUAAUCUUGAUUCUUUCAGCAUCUUCUGUGAGAGGCGGCUGCGGUGUUUUGGACUUUAGAUUUUUCACAUGUUAAACUACCACGCACAGUGUUAGGUUUAAAGUUGUGGAGCUAGUUAGUGAUUGGUUAUUCAUUGGUUGUUUAUCACGAGUUCUGAUCACGUUUUUUAUCUCGGCCGUUCUGACGUGCGGACAAGUCGAGUUCGUGUUGUGCGGCAUUUUGUUUUAACUCUUCUCGAGUUGUUUGCAAGUUUUUGUCUUCUAUUUGUGUGAGCUUCGUGUGACAAAAAGUGCUAGUUCUGUGAGUGUUCAGGAUGGGAUGUUAAACUCUUGUCCAGCCGGAUGGGAUGUUAAACUAUUGUCCAGCCUACAAAGUGGAUGUACUAAUUGUCUGUCUCGCCCCUGGUCAAGUGGAUAAUUCUUUAAGUGUGAUAACUGGAUUAAAAUCGGUCAAUUUUUAUGUGCGAGAUUUUUUUUCCGUAUUUAGUUGCGUUACUUAUAAGUGCGUUUAUUUUUCGUUAAUGCGUUAUAAGCGCAGGCUUUAUUUCGUGUUACUACCUUUUGCUUGACCCGAAGGAAUCGUGAUAGGAAUUCUAGAGCUGGCAUUUAGGAGCUAUCGGUAAGCAAUUCUCUAGUUUGACCUCCGCCGGACCAGGUGAAGAUGGGGGGCCUUGCCUUGCUAGUCGCCCUGUCCUGUCUGGCAAACAUCGGAACUACCCAGGCUGUCGGAAGCCCUCAAGAGCCGUACCCAGCUACUAACUUUACCUACGACUUCCGGUUGCCGGUUGUACAGAGUCCACCCAAGAUCACGAUGGCCCCUAAGAGUACCAAGGUCGCUGAGGAAGGAACGGUCAGUUUUUUCUGUCGAGCGUCAGGUAACCCCGCCCCCACCUUCCACUGGGAGAAGGGGGGCAAGCGGAUCAACCCCAGCAGGAACAGGUACGAGCUGAACGACGCCCCACAUGUCUCCGCCCUCCGGAUCAAGCCGGUCAAGGCCGGGAAGGACAACGCCACCUACACCUGUGUGGCCAACAACGGCCUGGGUGAGGCCCGGGCCGACGCCACCCUCAAGAUCUACGCCAAGGAGGAGGACACAGGUAUUGCCUCAUGGGUGGUUAGGUAUAAAGACCUCCCCGCGGGAUUCCCAAAGAUUGAAGUCAACCCAAAGCUCAAGUCGGUGGAGAAGGACAAGCAGAUCAGUUUAAACUGUGAGGUCAGUGGUGACCCCACACCCACCGUCCUCUGGCUCAAGGACAACCUGCCCGUGGACACAACUGACCCCCGGGUGUCCGUCUCGGAAACAGGUACCCUAAUCAUUGAACACGCCCAAGAAUCUGAUGAAGGCACCUUUGAAUGUGUAGCAGAGAACGAGUUUGGAUCGACCUAUUCAUACCGUGCUAUGCUUUACAUCAGAGUGAGACGAGUGUCCCCCAAGUUCUCGGGUGCCCCCAGCGACGUGAGAAUCCCACCCGGCAACGACGUGAACUUGACGUGCGUGGCCGUGGGGUCCCCCAUGCCGUACGUCAAGUGGCGGUCUGGCGCCCAGGACUUGACCGGAGAGGACCACAUCCCUAUCGGCCGGAACACGCUGAUCCUGACCGACGUCCGGAUGUCCAAGAACUACACGUGCGAGGCGUCGUCCGACCUGGGCAACAUCGAGCACCACGUGCAGGUCAUCGUGGAAGCUGCGCCCGACCCCCCUAAGGGCAUCCGGGUCCUGGAAGUGACGGCGUCGACGGUCAAACUAAUGUGGGACACGGACACCUCCCCCGAGCCUGCGCGCUCCUACACCAUCGAGUACCGGAACCAGAGCCGGAGCAAGUUCGACCAGUUCAGGACCAACAUCCGGACCAACGUCUAUACGGUCACGGCAUUGAAAGCCCACACGGCCUACUCGUUCCAAGUGGUGGCCGAGAAUCUAGUCGGCCGCAGCCGGCCAAGCAAGAUGGUAGAAGUGACCACUGGAGAACUAGCUCCCGGCACAGCCCCAGAAAAUGUUGUAGCCAAGGCCAUCAGCCCGACCUCCAUUAUGGUGUCAUGGGACGAGCCCAAGAUUCCCAACGGUGUCAUCAUGGGCUACAAGAUUUUCUACACCCUCAAGCCAAACGACCCCAUCUUUUUCUGGGAGCAGCUUGAGAUAAAGCAGGACAAGCGAGUCUACACCAUUGACAACCUCGUCCCUAACGCCACCUACACAGUCUGUCUCCUGGCCUUCUCUAGCGUGGGGCAAGGACCAAUGUCUUACCCAGUCCAGGUGCUAACUACACAAGGAGUGCCUUACCAGCCCAUGAACCUCAAGGCCCAGGCCAUCUCCCCUACGGUCAUCGUUGUGUCCUGGGACCCCCCGCUUGAGACAGACACCGUCAAGAGCUACGAGCUCUACUACAAUGACUCACAUUUCAGGCAGACUAACCGCUGGACCAUCCAGCCUCCGGUUGCGACCUACAAAAUUAUAAACUUAACCCCAGACACUACCUACAAUAUUCAGGUUUCUGCCAAGUCAACCCGCGGGGAGGGGCCAAGGACCCCCACCGUACAAGCCCACACCCCACCCUACAAUUUAAAGAUGGAUGGAAUGACACCUACCUUUAAUAGCAUGCAACUGUUUAUGUAUAACAAUAGCACACUAGACCCAGAAGCACCCCCAGAAAAUGUCACUGUGGUCAUGGUCAGCGAGAAAGAGCUAAAAGUGACGUGGAGGCCACCCCGUGAAAAGUUAAAUGGAAAACUGCGAGGGUUUAAGGUCUAUUACCUGGAGCUGGGCUCUGGCAAGAGUGAUAGGGACGCAGACGUGAUGAGCUUUGGUGACAGUCAGCUGUCAACUGUCAUAGGUGGCCUCAAGACCUGGACUGAUUACAAAGUGUGGGUGUCAGCUUUUAACAUGGCGGGGGAAGGCCCAGGAUCUGCUCCAGUGACCGCCAGAACAGAUGAGGAUGUACCAGGUGAACCCAAGCGUGUGAGAGUGGAGGCUGUCAACUCCACCAGCCUCAUGGUGGAAUGGGAACCUCCACCACCUAAAGAGCAAAACGGCGCCAUCAAAGGCUACCAGGUCCAUUACAUUGAGGUGGACAGUAACGACGAGCCACUUUCUGGAGUCAGAGAGCAGAGCUACGAUGUCUACACAGCAUCAGUCACCAGCGCCAUCAUCACCAACCUGAAGCCAGAGACGCGGUACCUGGUGCAGGUGGCGGCCUACACCAAGAAGGGGGACGGGAUGAGGAGCAGGGCCAGGGUGCUGACCACCAAGGGAGCCGUUCCAUCCCCCCCAAGAAACCUGAACGUGGAACUUGUACAAGAAGACCCACCCAGUGCCAAACUGACCUGGCAGCGCCCCGCUGAAACCCACGGCGAUAUCAAGAACUACAAGAUAAUUUGGGGGCCUCGCGGGGAGAGAUAUGAGGAGAAUAUUCUCAACCCAGAGAUCUAUUCCUACCUCACAAACACACUAGACAAAGGCACAACCUAUGAGUUCAGAGUCUCAGCUAAAAAUGAAGUGGACUACGGUGACCGGGCAGUGACCACUCUCAUCACACCUGAUGGAGCCCCCUCUGGUGCCCCACAAAACUUCACAGCCACUGGCCUGACAGAAACCUCCGUCAGACUCACCUGGGACCUACCUGCCCGUAACCUGCGCAACGGUGACAUUGUCAUGUACCAGAUAGCGUACCACAAGCUAUCAGAGCCAACCAGAGAGGAAGACUUGAACUGCACUGAUGCCUUCAUUGACAUAGUCAGUCUGGACAUGAACACGGACUACAUCUUCAAAAUCAAAGCCUACACCACCCGUGGUGCUGGACCCUGGAGCAACAAACUGCACUUCCGCACAUUUGGCAAAAUGCCACCCCCACCAAAGAACGUGAAAGUGCGCCGGACAUCAGACUCCACGCUGGAGGUGAGGUGGGAUGACACGGAGGCGCUGGUGUCUGGGUACAAGAUCUACUACAACCUGUUUGCCACGCCCGCCAUGUACGCCUGGCAGCAGAAGGAGAUUGGCCCGUACACAGUGGCUGACAUCACAGGAGUGGAGGCGCACUCGGUCUACGCUGUCCGUGUGCAGGCCAAGUCUGUUGAUGGUCGCUAUGGCAACAUGUCAGAAGUUGUUACCACGGAUGUCAAGGAGACACAACGUGAGGAUGCCGUCCAGAAGUUCCGAGCAUCCAGCGUCUUGUCCAAAGAAGUGACCCUACAGUGGGAAAAACCUAAGCUUGGUGACGUGUCCAAAUAUAUUCUGAACUACACUGGGUUCAAAUCCUACAGAGAGGACAACAAUAGAAUAACCUCCGACGACUCAAAGGAUAUCACCAUUGCCGGCCACUUAAACACUUUUACUGUGGAGAACCUGAAACCAAAGAUGAAAUAUGAGUUCAACAUCAGCGCCAUAUUUGCCUCAUCCAAAACCAGGGGUUCUGUUCAACAUCUGGUGACAGAGACAUUGAUAGAUGUCCCCCCACCCCUGGAGAGACCAGAGCCCAUCAGCAUCAGCAGAGGUCACCCUGUGCUCAAACUGAAGAGAGCGUCAGAGAAGAACGGCCCCAUCAGCCACUACCACAUUGUGGUGGUGCCCAAAGUAGGGCCACUCAGGUCUACAUUUGACUACACCAUAGAACAGCUGACCAAGGAUAAACCUGACAACGACCAGCCUUACAUCGCUGCCAGAUUCGACUCCCAAUCUCUGCCGUCUGAGUUUACGCUGGGCAAUGGUCAGGAGUACGGCUCUUUCAUGAACAAACCACUGUCUAAAGACAAAAAUUACCAAGUCUUCCUACGGGCAUAUUCUGUGGACAACCGACUGUCCACAUCCAGUGACUUCUCUGUUCCUGUUACCAUCAACUCCACACCCCAGGGGCCAAACCCACCCAGCGGACCAACCAACAGUGAUGCUGUUCCUGUCAAUAAAGCUGAUGAGGCUGACACCAAUGCCUUGCUGACCAUAGUCACACCCACCUGUGCUGGAGCUGUCAUUGUCAUUCUCAUCUGUGCCCUCAUCUGUUUCCUCUUCAUGAGAAAAAAGAAUAAGUCUAAGGGCGACUUGAUGGAGCCUGAGUCAAAAGCUCUGAUGAUUGAACCCGCCCCAUUUUCUAUUGACCCAGUUGAGAUGAGACGCCAGCACUACCAGACCCCAGCCAUGAUAAGCCACCCCCCAAUCCCCAUUGAGCGCCUGUCUGAGCACAUGGACUCACUGAAGGCCAGCGACAACUUCAAGUUCUCCCAGGAGUACGAGAGCAUUGAGCCAGGUCAGCAGUUCACCUGGGACAACUCCAAUCUGGAGGUCAACAAACCCAAAAAUAGAUACGCCAAUGUCAUCGCUUACGACCACUCCCGUGUCAUACUCCAGCCAAUGGAAGGUGUUCCGGGCAGCGAUUACAUUAAUGCUAAUUACAUGGAUGGUUACAGGAAACAAAAUGCUUACAUAGCUACACAGGGUCCACUGCCGGAAACAUUUGGUGACUUCUGGAGGAUGGUCUGGGAACAGAGGUCAGCUACAAUUGUCAUGAUGACCAAACUGGAGGAGAGAUCUAGGAUCAAAUGUGACCAGUACUGGCCCUCCCGUGGAGCGGAGACCUACGGCCUAAUGCACAUCCAGCUGGUGGAUGUGACAGAACUUGCCACCUACACCAUUCGCACCUUCCACAUGUCUCGGUAUGGUAUAUCAGAAAAAAGGGAAGUACGGCAGUUCCAGUUCACUGCCUGGCCUGACCAUGGAGUACCUGACCACCCCACCCCACUGCUCAUGUUCAUGAGGAGGGUCAAGGCCAGCAACCCUCCAGACGCAGGAUCCAUCAUUGUACACUGCAGUGCUGGAGUGGGCAGGACUGGGGCGUUUAUUGUUAUAGAUGCCAUGCUGGAGCGCAUCAAGCAUGAGAUGACCGUGGACAUUUAUGGUCAUGUGACCUGCCUGCGGGCCCAGAGAAACUACAUGGUGCAAACAGAGGACCAGUACAUCUUCAUCCACGACGCCCUGCUCGAAGCUGUCCAAUGUGGCAACACUGAGGUCCCCGCCAGAAACCUGGCCGCUCAUAUACAGAAGCUGACGGCCCCAGAGCCAGGCCAGGCCAUCACUGGGAUGGAACUAGAGUUCAAGAGACUGGCCAAUGUCAAGGCCAGCCCCAACAGAUUUGUCAGUGCAAACUUGGCUGUCAAUAAAUUUAAAAACAGGCUUGUCAAUAUUCUACCAUAUGAAACAACAAGAGUCUGCCUGCAACCAAUCAGAGGAGUGGAUGGAUCAGACUACAUCAAUGCCAGUUUUAUAGAUGGCUACCGUUACAAAAAGGCGUACAUCGCCACCCAGGGCCCACUGGCUGAAACAACGGAGGACUUCUGGAGGAUGUUGUGGGAACACAACUCCACCAUCAUUGUCAUGCUCACCAAGCUGCGGGAGAUGGGGCGGGAAAAAUGUCACCAGUACUGGCCAAGUGAACGGUCAGCAAGAUACCAGUACUUUGUUGUUGACCCCAUGACAGAGUACAACAUGCCACAGUACAUUCUCAGAGAGUUCAAGGUCACAGAUGCAAGGGAUGGUCAGUCGCGGACAAUUCGCCAGUUCCAGUUCACUGACUGGCCUGAACAAGGAGUGCCCAAGUCUGGGGAGGGCUUCAUUGAUUUUAUUGGCCAGGUGCAUAAAACAAAGGAACAGUUUGGUCAGGAGGGUCCAAUAUCUGUACACUGCAGUGCUGGAGUUGGACGUACAGGUGUGUUCAUCACACUCAGCAUUGUCCUGGAGAGGAUGAGGUACGAGGGGGUGGUGGACAUGUUCCAGACUGUCAAGAUGCUCAGGACCCAGCGACCUGCUAUGGUUCAGACAGAGGAUCAAUUCCAGUUCUGCUACCGUGCUGCUCUGGAGUACCUGGGAUCAUUUGAUCAUUAUGCUAAUUAAUUUCUGGUGCCCGCUACAAGUCUCCAGUGGGCUUGUGUUUACCUGAGGAAACUUUAAGCCCAUGUUUUAUCUGUGAAUUCUUUGUGGAUUUAUUUUCUCUACACUGGAUUGAAGAUUUCAUAUUUAGCAGUGCUAAAUUUAGAUUGAGUUUUUUUUGUUACGCCCCAAGGGGCCAGUGACUCAUUUUGGAUUCUGCAUUUGACAGUGGAUUAGAGGCAAUGUCAUUUGACAGUGGAUUAGAGGCAAUGUCAUUUGACAGUGGAUUGGAUUAGGGGCAAUGUCAUUUGACAGUGGAUUAGAGGCAAUGUCAUUUGACAGUGGAUUGGAUUAGGGGCAAUGUCAUUUGACAGUGGAUUAGAGGCAAUGUCAUUUGACAGUGGAUUAGAGGCAAUGUCAUUUGACAGUGGAUUGGAUUAGGGGCAAUGUCAUUUGACAGUGGAUUAGAGGCAAUGUCAUUUGACAGUGGAUUAGAGGCAAUGUCAUUUGACAGUGGAUUAGGGGCAAUGUCAUUUGACAAUGGAUUGGAUUAAGGGCAAUGUCAUUGAUGGAGUGUAGUCAAGAGGUUUUGUGGAUCCAGUCAGGAUAAAAAUGAGCCACUGGAUAUCACAAGGCCUGGCUGAUACAGUGCUAGACAUUCUGUGGAGCUAAUUCCCUACUGGUUGAGUGACUUGACAAAGUUGGAUAUAACUCUACUCUACUUUUUACAUACAUUUUAUCAUGGUGAUUCUGUUGGAUGUAAGUCAAGCAGCCAGAGCUAGCGAUAGACCUGGGCCCACUACAGGGGACCCAGUGAGGUGGGCCUGCUACAGGGGACAGCACUGAAACUUUUAUCCAUGAUGUCUCAAUCCAAAGUUUUUAGCUUUUCCUUUCUUUGGUCGAAGCAUGUCUGUCCAUUGAGUAUUGUGGAUUCAAGCAUUUGAUGAAAAUAUUUAUCACUGUGUACAGUUGUCUGUUUUUGUUUUCAAACUGUUGGGAGAACAUUAAAUCUUUUCUCAAGUUCAUGGUGUCAAGAUGUCACUAAAGAUGUUUUUCUAAGGCUUUGAUUCAGCUGUAACUUUAUAUUAAGGCCACAAGACUGGGGAGAAAAAUUUGUUUCCAAACUCAUUUUAAUUGAAGUAACAUUAAUACUUGAAAGAACUAGAGAUAUACUACAAAUUCCAAAUUGAAGAUGUUAAAAUUGGGAAAGCACUCUUAUUGUAAAUUUAUAAAUAAAAGUAAAUAUUUUUUGUGUGUGCAUAUGAUAGCCCUUUAGCUACAUUAACAAAUAUCUCUCAUCAAGAAAAAACUGAUCAAUAUGAUAUAUAUCAAUUAUUGUAUGGUGAAUCUUUUCUUCUCUUUCAAACUUGAUGACAACAAACAAUUUUUCUAUCUCAGUGUUUUCAUUAUUCCCCCCCCCCCCCCCCCCAACCAAGAGGGUAGAGUAGUGGAGUAAUUUAUUCAAGUGUUUCAAAUUCUUCACUCAGCUUCAGAUGAAAAAAUUAAAUUAAGAACUAAAAGUUGGCAAACCUACUCCCUUCCCCCCACCCCUCUUAAACCUAAACAGAACUUAAUGAUUGAAUGUGUGGAUGUACGUACAAGUUAGUAAAUAUAUCCAAUGUAUUUCAGAGAUGUGCAAUAUCAUUCAGUUCCAAGUUGGCUAUUCUUAAGUUAACCCUCAAUUAGUUAUAAAUACUGUAUUAGUCAUCAAGUAGCUACUUGUACUUAUAAAAACAUUUCUGUCCACGUGAUGAAAGCAGGAGUUUUCCUUUUGUCUUACUUUUAAUUUAUGGUGCAUGAAUGUUGGACUCCAGUGCUAGUGCACAUUUUUUAUUGUGUUGUGGAAUACUGCACUGCACUUUAUUUUAGGAAACUUUCCCUUCUAGGUUCCAACAACAUACAGGUUCAGUCGUUUGUCUUUUAGAAUUCUAAAAACAAUUUUGUCAGAAAAGUGGAUCUUUUAUUUGAAGCUCAAGAUAUGACCAUUUUUAUUUGGAUCCUCAUGUGCAGUUUGAAAUUUGCUUUUAUUUUCAUGAACUACUCUCUUUAAGAAUUGCUAUUUUAAUCUGCAUAUAAACAUGCUUGAAAUGGUCAUUAACAUAAUGAAUGUACACAAUCAACCCUGACCAAGCCCACACCAAGAAUUGCAAUGCAAUCUCAUUUUUUUCUCUCACUUAAUUUGCUGCUUGUUUCAUGGGCAGACAACACUGACAGGAGUUUGAUGUCACUUUUGAAAAAAUCUUCUUGAACAAAGGACACAUUUGGUGUUGUCAUUUAGAAGUGGGUUCAAUAAAAAAAACUGGGAUCAUAUGAUCAAUAGACUUGUGGGCUUCUCUGCCAUCAUCUGUCUUUAUAUUCCACCUUAUUCAUGAAUGGCCAGUUUACUUUAAUGACAAAAAAUCAAAUCUUUUUAGAAAAUAUCACUAUUAAUCAGUCCAUUAUUGAUCAAAAUAUUUUUUGCUAAAUUUGAGGGGCGCAAAGUACUUUUGGUAACAAAUUUUAGUCUGUUGAGCUGUAUAUCAAAUAUUGUUCAAUGAAUUUUUUACUUGUUUUUGUAUAUUGAAGAAAUUUUGUUACCAUUAAAUAAUGUAUUCAUGUUUAAUGUCACCAUUUUUCUAGUCAUGUGACCACAUUCAGCUGCGCCCAAAUGUAUCAUUUGCUGGCACUAUCACUAGACAGUACAGAAAUCACAUUGUAAUGGCCCUGUUGCUAGCACAGAAAUCACAUUCUAAUGGCCCUGUUGCUAGCACAGAAAUCACAUUCUAAUGGCCCUGUUGCUAGCACAGAAAUCACAUUCUAAUGGCCCUGUUGCUAGCACAGAAAUCACAUUCUAAUGGCCCUGUUGCUAGCACAGAAAUCACAUUCUAAUGGCCCUGUUGCUAGCACAGAAAUCACAUUGUAAUGGCCCAGUUGCUAGCACAGAAAUCACAUUCUAAUGGCCCUGUUGCUAGCACAGAAAUCACACUCUAAUGGCCCUGUUGCUAGCACAGAAAUCACAUUCUAAUGGCCCUGUUGCUAGCACAGAAAUCACAUUCUAAUGGCCCUGUUGCUAGCUAGCACAGAAAUCACAUUCUAAUGGCAAUGUAGCUAGCACAGAAAUCACAUUCUAAUGGCCCUGUUGCUAGCACAGAAAUCACACUCUAAUGGCCCUGUUGCUAGCACAGAAAUCACAUUGUAAUGGCCCUGUUGCUAGCACAGAAAUCACAUUCUAAUGGCCCUGUUGCUAGCUAGCACAGAAAUGUGGCCAAAGAUGUAAGCACAGUAUAAAAUGUGGCCAGCAGACAGUGAAUCAGUAUCAAAUGGCCAUCAUGCAAGCAGAAUACAGUUGUUAUUCUUAGCAGUGAAACGAUUGGUUAAAUAAGAACUCGUGCAUAUUCAGUUUGAUAAAAAAAAACAAUUUUUUUUAUUUUAUUUUUGUGGCCAGUAGAAUGGUCAAAACUGUGACCAAAUUUUGUUUACUGUACGAAGCAAGAAGUAGGCCAGUUUAAUUUGGGCAACAUAUCUUGACAGUUGUCGUUAGACCAGUUGUCACUAGGUCAGUUGUCAUUUACAUUUUUUCUCAUUGUCAUGUAAAGUAGCUCCAGAUCAAUUCUGGAUGAUUUUUUUUGUUUUCUAAUGAUAUUUUUUGUACCAUUUAAUUACACAUCCAUUGAUUGAUGUUGUCAUCACAUGCUGGGCUGCUUGCGUAUGAUUGGUUUAUUUAUUUAUCUCUAUCUCUGUGUAUACUAUUUAUAACUCUGACUUGAUCUUCUAAGAAAGUAUUCAUGAAGUUUUCAUCUAGUAAUAUGUGGUGACCAAACAUGUGGUGACCAAACAUGUGGUGACCAAGUGUGUGGUGACCAAACAUGUGGUGACCAAACAGAUGGUGACCAAGUGUGUGGUGACCAAACAUGUGGUGACCAAACAUGUGGUGACCAAACAUGUGGUGACCAAACAUGUGGUGACCAAACAUGUGGUGACCAAACAUGUGGUGACCAAACAUGUGGUGACCAAACAUGUGGUGACCAAACAUGUGGUGACCAAACGUGUGGUGACCAAGUGUGUGGUGACCAAGUGUGUGGUGACCAAACAUGUGGUAACCAAACAUGUGGUCACCAAACAUGUUGAGGACCCCAAUAUUAGCUCUCACAGAUCAACAUGAAAGCCACACAUUAUUUUUAUUGUAUGAUGCUAUUAGAAUAGACAAUGUACCUUCCAUAUGCUUUGUGGUAAGUGUUGUUAUGGUUUUUCUAAAUGUGUUUUUGCUACAAAUCAUUGGCGCUAGAGAUUUAAACACCCCACUGAGGACCAAUAGAACAUAUUUUGCAUAAUUGUCAGUUUCAUUUGAGUUGUAUUCUACGUCAGGAAUCUUGUGGUAUUUUUAUUGUUAAACACAUCAAGUCAGAAGCAGGAUCUGUGUAAAGUUCAUGAGAUCAAAUUGUGGGUCAAGCUAAUACGCUUUUGAUUUAGCUGUUGACUGACAUGUUUGGUGACCCGUAGGUGACCCCUACAGUAGGUGACCCCUGUUUUAUUUGAGGGUGACCCUUGUAUUUAGACCAAGAGUGAGUUAGCAGAAGCUCAAUUAGAAAGUAGAAACCAAAGAGGCAGUAGUCAGCACAUUUCAUCCCUUCAGUGGCUUAUCAAGCCAUCAAUUUUGUUUCAUUAUCCCAUUCAAAUCAUUGAAUUAACCAAGUCAGCUAUUUAUCAUUGUUUGAUGUAUUAACACCUGCUAGGAGUGGUAAGUCUGUUCUACUUAAGCCAGUCCUGGUUGUGGCCCUUGUUUCUCUUGGCUUGUCCCAGUAAUCUCAAGGUUGUUUUUUUUCCAGUCAGAGAUUUUCAGCCAUCUUUGGUUCUCUCUACUCCAUGUCAGAGGUCUCCAGAUAUUCUAUAACUUUGGUUGUCAGGGUCCCCAGAUAUUCUAUCUUUGGUUUUCUCUACUAAAUGAGUCUUGCCAGAGCUGUUUCAAACAAAACUCAGAUUUUUUAAAGUUCAUCUCCUUGUGUACCUUGAAGCCAGUGAACCAGUUUAUUUGUUUCUUCAUCACCCCGGCUGGUUGGUGCUCAUUACAUUUUCAGUUUAUUCGAGUGAAAGUUUUGGCGUAGUAGUCGCCACGUCCGACUGAUUGACUCAUUCAUUUCAAUAAUAAAUAUAAUUCAUGAUAAAAAAAACUGUGUUGUUUUAUUU